CCCUGCUUUGUCCACGGUCCGUGCCCUGUCUAGGUGCAUGCCAUGGCCAGGGUCGAGGUCCGGGCUGAUUCGGUGCCCUGUGUUGGUGCAUGCCGUGGCCAGGGUCGGUCCGGGACCUCCUGUUGCAGCGCUCCGUGCCGCAGGCUGGGCUGACGUGCGCGGGCAAUGCGCAGGCGUUGUGUUGAGUGUGUGUGGCGGGGCUGGUUUCUGUCGCUCGGGUCGGGAGCUGCGAGCAAAGAUCUUUGGCUGCGAGUGCGGGCGACGGGGCAGGGCCAGUGUUCGGGGCCAGGAGUCUAGGCACACACACCUCUUGAGCAAGUGGUGGCGCCUGCCGGGCGGUCCCUCGGCUGGCCGGGAAUGUGGCUCCGGCGUUUGGCGGGGUGACCGCGGGUUAGUGGCCGGAGUGGGGUUCCCGCCUACGGCAGCUUCGCCCGACAUCUAUGGGAGCCCGGGCCGGCCCGGCCCGCCCGCCGCUCUCCGGCUCCAUGGAAACGGCCGCCUGCCGCAAGUUCCAGGCAAACGUCUUCAAUCAUAGCAAGUGUCAGAACUGCUUCAAAGCCCGCGACUCGCACCUCGCCUCCGACCGGGACCUGACCCAGGCAAAGCCUAUAUAUGGGGGCUGGUUGCUAUUGGCUCCUGAGGGGACUGACUUUGAAAACCCAGUGCAGCGAUCAAGGAAAUGGCAGAGAAGGUUCUUUCUUCUGUACGAGCAUGGCCUACUUCAUUACGCACUGGAUGACUCUCCCACCACUCUUCCACAAGGUACCAUCAAUAUGAAUCUGUCCACAGAUGUUACUAAUGGGGAGAGUAAGACUGCUCAGAAGAACUCUCUUUGCAUUAUAACACCAGAGAAACAGUAUUCCAUUCGUGCAGAAAGCAAAGAAACCAUCAAUGGCUGGUUUGAAACACUGCUUAUGUAUCCACGCACCAAUAAACAGAAUCAAAAGAAGAGACCCUUGGUAGAACCUCUUACACUCCAGGAGCCUGGACCUGCUAAAGUUGCAGUUACCAGCAGCAGUAUAUUAAGUGCUGAGAGAGUUCCCAGCACCAAGUCAACACUCUGGCAGGAAGAACUUAAAAAUAAGGAUCUAAAUGUUUUCAGCAACCCGGUGAGAAGCCCUUCACAGACCCAUUCUCCUAUUGGAUCAUCAUCAAUGCGUAAAGCUCAAAGUGUUGUUAAUGGUGACGAACUGGAUGGCCAGGAAAAGAAACGUGUAGAGAGUGGCUACUUUUCUCUGGAGAAGCUGAAGCCUGACUCAAAGCAGUUAAUCUCCUCACCUCGCGGCAACACCACUGACAGGUAUAGUUCCUCUGAAAGUGGCAUGGUAAUACUGUGCCACACAAGUCUGUGCAGCAAUUCUCUCCUUCCUGCAGGUAACCUUCUCUCCAAUGGCUCUUGUGUUAGCUCUUCUCAGAGCUCCUUGGACUCCGAGACCAGUAAUGUGACAAUGAGGAGCAAAACAAGCUCAAACAGCAGGCAUGGGGAAGGGCCAAGCCAUUCCCCAGUUGUAAAGACUAGCCGGGGCUAUGCUGCAUUUGCAGUUAUUCCCAAUGCCAGGAGGAUCAGCAACAAACAGGCCUUUCAAGUGGAUGAGCAGCAGUUCCAAACCUGCAGCCCUGGUAAACUGGAGCUGGACCGCUUAUUUGGACGCGAUAGGAGGAGGUCGCAAGUCAUUGAACUGUUUGAGGCACUGGAGAUUGAGAGACCUCAGCAAAUGGAGUCCAGUUCCUCCUCUGAGUCCAAUGUCUGUAGUGGAAGACAUCGAGGUCGAAGUGAGAAAAGAUCUUAUCCAAGGGAAAGAGAUUUUGUGAGUGUAUCAGACCAGAUCAACUCUGCCCCAGACAUCUCUGCAGUGCCCAUCCCACAAUUUCGCAGAGCUAAAUCACUGGACAGGAGAAGAACUGAAACGGCGGUGACGCCGGACCUGCUGAAUUUUAAGAAAGGUUGGAUGACCAAACUCUCUGCAAGUGGCCAGUGGAAGAAGCAUUGGUUUGUUUUGAAUGACCACGUUCUGAAGUAUUACCAUGAUUCUGCAGCAGAGGAGGCAGUGGAUUUGGAUGGAGAGAUUGAUUUAAGUAAUUGCUAUGAUGUAACUGAAUAUGAAGUUCAAAGGAAUUAUGGAUUCCAGAUCUAUACUUUAGGGAAAGUCUACACACUGUCUGCCAUGACAUUGGGGAUUCGCCGGAACUGGAUGCAAGCAAUAAUGAAAAAUAUCCAUCCUGCAAAUACCCCAGAUGUGACCAGAAGCUUACCAGAAGAGAAGUUAAAAAUGAAAACUUUGCUUGAAGGAGCAUCAACAAAUGGAAGACAGAUAGCACUGACCUCCAUUGAUGGAACUGGCUUAGAAGCUGAACGAAAGAAAAGCAGAGCUUGGGAGCGAAGAAAAGAAGGACGUUCAAAAACAUUUGACUGGGCAGAAUUCCGUCCGGCACAACAGCAGUCCGAUGGAGGAAAUGUCCGCAGAACUACCACACUGUUCUUCCAGCCCGCAACUAAUUCUGAAACGGGCACCUGCGACCUGGAGCUGGACCGGGCACGACGGAGGGAGGAGAGGCGCAGACGAUUCGAAAUAUCUGGUCUUGACCAGGCAAACAGGGUAGAGGUCGACAAGGCCACCAUAACGCCCCCACGCCCAGGACCUAAGCAUGUGAAUGUGGAAAUUGAACACCGAUGGCAGCAGGUGGAAUGUACACCACUGCGUGAGGAGAGACAAGUUCCUAUUCUCAAUACGCCUUCUAGUGAAGGGGGAUCUCCUUCACAGGACCUGGCAUUAAUGCUGAAUAAAGAGUUGGAGAAGUUACAACAGGAGGUCUCCAAGUUGCAGGAACAAAAUAGAGAAUUGCAGAGGCAAUUGAAGGCAGCACAGGAAAGGGAGCACAGUGCACGGGAUGGCUAUGUUCUUCAGGCAACUUGUGAGCGUGGUUUCACAGCAAUGGAAGAAUCCCAUCAGAAGGUGAUUGAGGAGCUGCAAAAACAGCACCAGCUGGAACUAGAGAAUCUACAGCAGGAGAAAGAUCGUCUUCUGGCUGAGGAAACUGCCGCAACUGUAGCUGCUAUAGAAGCAAUGAAGAAUGCCCACAGAGAGGAACUGCAGAGAGAGUUGGAGAAAACACAUCGGUCACAGAUUAGUGGUAUGAAUGCAGAUGUAGAGGAUCUGGGCAAACAGCACAAAGAGGAACUGGUCUCCAUCCAACGGGAGCUGCAAGUUCUAUCAGAACAGUACUCUCAUAAAUGUUUAGAAAAUGCACACCUGGCCCAAGCUUUGGAGGCUGAACGGCAGGCACUUCGGCAGUGUCAGCGGGAGAAUCAGGAGCUAAAUGGCCAUAACCAGGAUCUAAAUAACCACUUGGCUGCAGAAUUUGCCCGAUUAAGGGUGCUGAUUACUGGGGACGGGAAGGAAGGGGGUGCCGGCUCACCCCUCUCACUGGGGAAAGAUGUCUACGAACUGGAGGUUUUAUUGCGGGUCAAAGAAUCUGAAAUCCAGUAUCUGAAGCAGGAGAUUAAUUCUCUAAAGGAUGAACUACAGUCUGCACUGAGGGACAAAAAAUAUGCUACAGAUAAGUAUAAAGGUAUCUACACUGAACUGAGCAUUGUUCGAGCAAAGGCUGAUUGUGAUGUCAACCGACUGAAAGAACAACUCAAAGUUGCCACUGAAGCCAUGGGAGAGAAGAUAAUAGACUGUGGUGUUGCUGGCUAUGACAUCAUGAAAUCAAAAAGUAAUCCUGAUUUUUUGAAGAAGGACAAGCUGAACUCUGGCAGGUCGAUGAGGAAUUUGCGGUCAAAAAGCCUGAAAGAAGGCCUUACAGUGCAAGAACGAAUGAAACUGUUUGAACCCAAGGAUUAGGAAAUGAAUGCCACAUCAUUGGCUCAGGCCUAAUCUGCACCUCAAAUUAAAGAAACUGCCUCACUGUAACAAAUAUUAAUCCUUCAUAGAACAAUCAUUUGGUUCUUUCUGACUUUGCACUUCAGUCAUUAAUGUGAGCAUGUAAUAUAUUCAAGUUCGUAAGCUUCACUCUGGUUGCACAAUCUAUGUUGUUAACUAGAAAGAAUUCUCUCAAGUAACCAGAUUUUUAAAAACAGACGUUUUGACCUUUCUGUACUAUUAGAAAAGUACAUUCUGUAUUAUUCCCUACCAAAACAAGUGUGAUUUUGCUGUUCUUUGCAUCUUUUUAUUAUUCAGACAGAAAACAAAUGGUCAGAUAGCCAUUAGGUGCAGGCUGAGGGCUUCGAUUUUUGUGAAGCAGCAAAACUUUUCUAACUUUCUCAGGUCCUUUUCUUAUUCAUGUGCCAAUAGACGAUCCAGAUCAAGGCCAUAAGCUAACAAGAGUAUUGAAGAGGCAGCCGGUCACACUUUUUUAAUAUAAUUAUAUUGGGCAAAAGAGCAGUUCCAGUCAUUUGUCUAUUUUUCUUGGAUAGCAGCGUAAACAUUCCUGCCAAUAUAUAUGGAUCUACUACAGAGAUAUGCUUUUACACCGACAUUAGGAGAGAUUAGCAGUACCUGGAAAUAGAAGCAUUGAAAUAGGGGAGAAAAGACUCAAAUAGAACGUGGAGACAGCGAAUGGGGAAGCCACAAAAGAUCCAGUAUUGCUUUCAAUGGCUUACAGCGACAGAGACCCAGGUUCAAUCCUGACUACCGUGCUGUCUGUGUGGAGUUUGUAUGUUCUCCCUGUGCCUGCGUGAGUUUUCUCUGGGUUCUCCGGUUUCCUCCCACAAAGACGUGCAGGAUUGUAGGUUAAUUAGCUCCUAGUGUGUAGGAUUAAAAAAUGGAUAACAUAGAACUAGUGUACGGGUGAUCAAUAAAUAGUUGGUCUGGACUCGGUAGAUGGAUCUGGUUCCAUGCUGUAUCUCUAAAAAAGUGUGGGAUUGGGAUGAGGACACUAUUUGUUUCCGAGUCAAAAUUUAGGGGAUUUGUUUUUAAUUAAUUCACAACAUAGAUUAUCACUGCCUGUAUUUAUUGUUCUUUCCUGGCUGGGUAUGUGAAGAUAGUUUAAUUGGGGCAGUCUAUGCUGCAGUAAAAUUUUAAUUGUUUUGUUGUCGGUACCUAUGACAAUUAAAUAAUCUUGAUUAUGUAAUUAAGAAAUUUUCAGAGCUGUAGGUAGAAAAAUUCCAUGAUUUUGACCCUGAAACAAAGGAACAAUAUAUUUUCAAGUUGUGGAACCGAGGAGAUGUAUCAAUUAGCUGUGUUUUCAAAUGCUGAUGUGCCUGAUUUUCUCAGUAGUAAUGAUACAGCAUUAGGGGACCUAGUAGACAAUGCCUUGAUGGUAUUGUAAUGAACUGGGCUUGAUAUACUGAUGGAGAGUCUAAACAUUUAGGAUAUUGAAUGGUGCGCCAAAGCAGUGUUUUGUCAUUUCUAUCAAACUACGGUUGAGGCAAAUCUUAUUUGUUGCAUAGCAUUCCAACACAUGAUAAUGCCACCGAAUGACGGGCAGCAGUCAUUAAAUGUUUUUUUGUGGCAAAUGGUGCACCAUUGAAUGGUGCAAGUGUUAAUUACUUAUGCCUGAAUGUCGUCCAGAGCUUUGUGUAUGUGCGUGGACUGCAUCAUUAUCUGAGGAUUUGCAUAUGGGAAUGAAAACUGCAAUAUAUAUUCACCUUCAAUAUGGAGAGAAGCACCUGUAGAUGGCUGGGCAUUUGAAGUGACCUACCUACAGUAAUGUCUGAGGCCCAACAAGUGCAAUUCAAUUCCUUUGUGCCAAGUAUGACUUCACCCAGUUAAGUGAUUUCACCAAUCAUCAAAUGAUUUAAAUGUUAAAUUUCUUUAGCAAUGUUUGGCUACACUAAUUGAAAGUAAAGCAUUUCAAUCUGGCAAUGUUAUGCUGCAAUGCAUUAGCACGUGGUAAAUUUAUUGUCAUGAAAUUUUUUUUGCUGCAUAGAAGAAAAGGACAAUCACCAUUAUUCCAUAAUCGCUGUUAUAUAAUCUAGCUAAACUGACAGACACAAUGACGCAAUGGGAUAGUCAUUGGGAGCAACAUUUUUACUUCUGUGCUGUGUUCGGUGGGCUGGUGCACGAGUUGAGUAAUAUAUGAUGUGUGAUGUUCUUUAUGUGAGAGUGCUUGACCCCAAGAAGCACCCGAACAACAUCUGGGGCUGAGAUGCUUUACUUCCAACAACCGCAUUCAUUUUUUCUCUGAAUGUGUGCAUAGUAGAAAGAAUGCAAAAUAAAAAUGAAAACUAUUGUUCA